AUGCAACUGUGCCCCUGUUUAAGUGGAAAUAGUUCCAAGUCAGGAAGCUGCAUAGAGAAGGAAAGGAAGGCUCUUCUCGGCAUACAGAAGGGCAUCUAUGGUGCCCACAAAUGGCUCUCUUGGGAUGGAAAAGACUGCUGCAGAUGGAUAGGAGUUGGAUGCGACACCAUAACCGGACAUGUCGUAAAGCUUGACCUCCACUAUCCUUAUCCAUGUGAUGUUGCAUAUCCGGACGAACGUUGCCCUAACAAAAGCGAGGUAAGUCCUUCACUACUUGACUUGAGACAUUUGAAUCAUUUGGAUUUGAGUAUGAACUAUUUUGGUGGUGCCCCAAUCCCUGACUUCAUUGGAUCUCUCGCCAACUUGGAGUAUCUAAACCUCUCUAAUGCUGGGUUUGGUGGAACACUCCCUCACCAACUUGGGAACCUCUCAAAUUUACUCCAUCUUGAUCUCAACAACGGGUACCAUUUGGAUGUUAAUAAUCUUGAUUGGUUAGCACAGAUCCGUUUCUUGCAGCAUCUUGACAUGAGUUAUGUCCACCUCUCAAAAGAAUCAAAUUGGAUUCAUGUGAUCAAUAUGCUCCCUUCUCUUUCUGUCCUGUAUCUGUCUGGUGCUGCUCUUUCUAGCCUUCCCUCAAUUCUACCCCAUGUUAAUUUCACUUCUCUUACCAUACUUAAUCUCUUUGGGAACAACUUUGCAUCAAGUAUACCCGGUUGGUUGUUCAAUCUUAGCAGCCUUGAACAUCUCAAUCUUGGGCUCAGUGAUUUCCGUGGCAACAUACCACUUGCCAUUGGGAAUCUCAAGAAGCUUCAGAUCUUAGACAUGUCAACGAACAGCUUCAGUGGACACAUCCCAGAAACAGUGUGGAGUCUCAAGAGCUUGCGGUCAAUAGAUUUGUCUUGGAACAGUAUCAGUGGGGGUAUACCAGAAACUGUGGGGAAUCUCAAAAGCUUGGAGUCCUUGGACCUCAGGGGCAACAGCAUCAGUGGUGAAAUACCAGGAACCCUGGGGAAUCUCGGUGAGUUGCACAGGUUAUAUUUAUCAAACAAUGUUAUCAAUGGGCAGAUACCAGAGACAGUCGGAAAUCUUCAUCACUUGGAAGAGUUACGCUUGGAUAACAACUCUUUAGCUGGAGUGAUACCCAGAACAGUGGGUAAUCUCUGCAACUUGUACAAACUUGAUGCUUCUAAGAACAAUAUAGGUGGAGAGAUUACAGGAUUCAUGGAAGGAUUCUCGAGAUGCAGCGCUAAUAGAUUGCGAUAUGUUAAUUUGCAUGACAACAAUCUUAGUGGUCCAUUGCCCAGUCAGAUAGGGGAAAUCAAAAGUUUGGGAUCUCUUAAUCUCGGUGCUAAUUCACUGAAUGGUUCAAUUCCGACAUCAUUAGGGAAGUUAUCUUCCCUGUCCGAGCUGAAUCUCACAUCAAAUUCCUUGGCAGGUGCGCUGACUGAAGCCCACUUUGCCAACCUCACAAGCUUAUUAAGUUUGGAUCUAUCUCAUAACUCAUUGACUGUAAAUGUAAGUCAAGAUUGGCUUCCUCCGUUUAAAGCAAAAUACAUCAGAAUGAGGUCUUGUCCACUAGGGCCCAAAUUUCCUCAAUGGCUUCGGAUCCAGACUAAUUUGUUGGAACUGGACCUAUCUAGUGCAGGAAUAUCAGAAACUUUCCCUCAUUGGUUUUGGGACACGUGUCUGCCUCGCAUGGUUCUUAAUGUUUCUCAAAAUCAUAUGAAAGGAAAUCUACCUAAUCCCAUCGAAAAAAAGAAAGGAAAGCUGCCUAGCUUUGGACCUCUACUGAGUAACGAGCCAAGUGUAAUUGAUCUAUCCAACAAUUUAUUCUCUGGACCUAUUCCCCCAACCUUGGCUAGUCAUUAUGGCGGUCUCGAAGUUCUGGUUCUUGCACAUAACAAGCUCAAUGGCAGCAUUCCAUCAGCAUUUUGUGAGGCAAAUAAUCUAGUAGUUCUCAAUCUCGCCGGCAAUGAUUUAUCAGGAAUUCUCCCUGACUGUUGGGGCAAUUCAUUAGUUUUGAGUGUCAUUGAUUUCUCAGAUAACAAAUUAUCAGGGGGCAUUCCUAGCUCAAUAGGAUCUCUCAGUCACCUCAGCUCACUACAUUUGAGAAACAACAGCCUCUCUGGUAAAAUUCCUUUGUCAUUGCAACAGUGCAAACAGCUGAUUAUUAUUGACCUUGGCAAUAAUAAGUUGUCAGGUAGUAUACCUGAAUGGGCUGGAGAGAAUCUCUCAUCAUUAAGGGUUCUUUGUCUGCGAUCAAAUAUGUUGGAUGGCAACAUUCCUAUACAACUGUCACCCCUUGCUUCUCUUCAAGUGUUGGAUCUUGCUGACAACAAGCUUUCUGGAAAUUUACCACCAUCAUUUGGUAAUUUCGUAGCCAUGAUUGGGAUACCAAAUGGGAGCAAACCUAUUCUUUCUGGAGAUGUGGCCUCCUAUUACGUCGAAAAUCUCCUGAUAACCAUGAAAGGUAGAGAACUUAUAUUCACUGCUGUGCUCUCACUUGUGACAAGCUUAGACCUCUCAGACAAUAAUAUCUCUGGAGAGAUUCCUGAAAAGUUUACAAACCUUCGUGGGCUUUAUUAUUUGAACCUAUCGGGGAAUCAUUUGACAGGAAGGAUUCCAGAAAAUAUUGGUGCCAUGGAGCAGUUGGAGUCACUUGAUUUAUCAAGGAACAACUUAUCAAGCACAAUUCCUACAAGCAUCUCAAAUUUGAAUUCUUUGGAAUACCUGAACUUGUCCCACAACAAUCUUUCAGGAAGAUUUCCAAAUGGCAACCAACUUCGAACCUUAAUAAAUGAUCCGUCUGUCUACAUGGGCAAUUGGUAUCUUUGUGGAUUCCCACUGUUAGAAAAAUGCCCCGAUGAUGAACCAGCAGAAGGUCCAACAGCUCAUGGAAGGGAAGAAAAACAGGACGAAAAUGAAAAUGAUUCAGAAAUGAUAUGGUUUUAUGUUAGCCUAAGUCCGGGAUUUGUGGUUGGCUUCUGGGGCUUUCUUGGCGCAGUGAUGCUCAAAAAGAGUACAAGGUAUGCUUAUAUCCGAUUCAUUGACAGGAUAUGUGAUUGGAUUUAUAUGGCUAUAACAAUAAAUUCUGCUAGGCCGAAGUCCAAGGGAAACUGUGGACGCAUGUAAGCAAUUGCAAAGUUGUAAACUUGUAAUGCUUUCCCCUGUAUGUGGUUUAAGUUGGCUUGAUGCUUCUACGAUGAAUCAUGCCUGAAAGAUUAAUAGAAAUAUGGAUUAUUAGAAUAAAUAGAAAAGCGUCGAAACCAUUUAAAUGGUUUAGUUAUU